CUCUUUCUCCCUUUGAAAUGACCACUACCCCUCCUGUGAUGCUUCAUCCUGCACGCCCAUUGGAGCCAUUCGCUAGCAUGUGGUAUUGGGGAGGCGUAACUAUCCCUCUCAAUUGGUUUCUGUUGUCAUACCUCUUCUAACAAUGAAAGAAUCCAUCUCCCAUUUAUUCCAACCACUUUUACACUUCUCUCUCUCUCUUACACCCUUUAUAUAUAACCUUUAUGACUUCUGCGUUAGCAACACAAAGCUGCAUUAGCAACUAAAGCCAAAAUGCCAGCCCUUCAGUCACCAACCUUCCAUGUCUCUGUUGCUGAGACCUUCCUUAGAGAGUCCCCUAAGCUAUCAUCCAAUGGAACAAAGAGAGCAAAUAUGAAGAAGAGGUCAGGGUUGCCAAUAGCAGCAUCAGCUGUUUCUAUUACAUCCUCUGCUCCAGAGAGAGAGAAGGACCCAAAGAAACGUGUGGUAAUCACAGGGAUGGGCCUUGCCUCUGUCUUUGGCAACGAUGUUGAUGCCUACUAUGACUGCCUCCUCCAAGGCAAGAGUGGCAUCAGUCCCAUUGACCAUUUUGAUGUCUCUCAGUUCCCUACCCGGUUCGCUGGGAAAAUCCAUGGAUUCACCACUGAUGGUUAUAUCAAGAACAAGCAAGACCUUCGGGUUGAUGAUUUUAUCAAUUACACCCUUGUUGCUGGCUCCAAGGCUGUCCAUGAUGCAGGCCUUGGCUCUAAUAAUCUCUCUAAGAUCGACAAGGAACGAGUUGGUGUGGUUGUUGGAUCAGUCACUGGUGGCAAUUUAGGCUUUGCCAAAGCAAUUCAAUCUUUAAAAGAAAAAGGUUGCAGGGAAAUGGAUUCAUUUUCACAUCAUUUCGCAAUGACAAGCGCAGCCUCAGCUUUGCUUGCAAUUGAAUUUGGUUUUAUGGGUCCAAACUAUUCAAUUGCAACUGCUUGUGCUACCUCCAAUCACUGCUUCUAUGCAGCAGCUAACCACAUUAGGGAAGGCAAUGUUGAUUUGAUUAUAGCUGGUGGAACUGAAUCUUCAAUUACUCCUCAUGGCUUGGGUGGGUUUACAGCUUGUAGAGCUUUAUCACAGAGAAAUGAUGAUCCUCAAACUGCUUCAAGGCCAUGGGACAAAGGUCGAGAUGGGUUUGUUAUGGGUGAAGGUGCUGGACUUUUGGUAAUGGAGAGCUUGGAGCAUGCAAUGAAGCGUGAUGCACCAAUUAUUGCUGAGUACUUAGGGGGUGCAAUCAACUCUGAUGCCUACCAUUUGACUGAACCCCGAGCUGAUGGACUUGGUGUUUCAUCAUGUAUCAAAAGAAGCCUUCAAUAUGCUGGUGUCUCCCCGGAAGAGGUUAACUAUAUAAAUGCACAUGCAACUUCCACAACUGUAGGGGACCUUGCAGAGAUGAAUGCCAUAAAAAUGGUAUUCAAGUAUUCUCCAGAGAUCAAGAUAAAUGCAACAAAGUCCAUGAUAGGACACUGUCUUGGUGCUGCUGGGGGCCUUGAAGCCAUUGCUGUGUUAAAAGCCAUAACUACUGGGUGGAUUCAUCCAACAAUAAAUCAAUUUAAUGUUGAUCCAUUUGUGGAAUUUGAUACAGUUGCAAACAAGAAGCUGCAACAUGAAGUGAAUGUUGCAAUUUCCAAUUCUUUUGGCUUUGGAGGACAAAACUCGGUUAUAGCAUUUUCAGCAUUCAAGCCUUGACUAUUCAAUUAUUUUCAAUUUGUUAAAUUAAGAUCAUAUUAUAAUCUCAAUCAAAAUUUAUUUAUAUGUGAUAGAUUUUUUAAGUGUAAAUUUGAUGAAAUUAUAAUUACGUAAUUCUAUUUUGUUUAUCAUUAUUUAAUUAAAUAAAAAAUUAU